CCAUUCAAUCCAAAAUGACUCUGUUCUACAUCCUUGUCUACAUAGACGAUCUGGUCUUUGCUACUGCAAACAGAGACACACUGGCCGCCGUGAAGGCCGAGCUGCUGAGAAGACACACCUGCACUGACCUAGUUAUUUCUCUGGACGACUUGCCACCUAGCCUGCCGCUAGAAAAGUUUCAGGACCAUUGGUUCGACCUCGAAACUGGCGCGCAACCAACUGCCCGGACACAGUGGCGGCUGACGCAACCCGAGCUCCAGGAAUUGUGGGACCAGCUAGACUACUUGCUGGCCAAGGGGUUCGUUCGAGCGAGCAUGUCCUUGUUCGCAGCCCCGAUCCUGUUUACACCCAAGAAAGAUGGGGGCCUUCGAAUUCACGACUACAUGGGGAGCCUAUUACGUGAAGGCGGGAACAGAAGAAUUUGGGUUCCGAGUUAUCAUCUACUUCGCGAAUUCCGAAUUCAAGAAGUCCACGAUUCCAACUUAUCGGGAUAUUUCGGGGUUGACAAGACUCUGAAGGCACUCCAGUGGUUUUAUUACUGGCCGGACAUGAUUCCUGACGUACAGAAGUACGUGGGCGUGUGUCUGACCACCCAUACAUUGAAAUCAUCACGCCAGCGGUCAGCAGGACUGUUGCAGCCCCUCGAGCCACCCAAGCGACCUUGGCAACACGUGACAAUGGAUUUUGUCACCGGCCUGCCGGCCAGACCAACUGGUAACGACGCGGCUCUUAAACCGCGCAUCUGUUCAUCUCGGCCGUCGUUUGCCUGCAUGGUAUCCCUACGGCGAUCAUCAGCGACAGAGACCCAGAAUUCACCUCGCGCAUCUGGCAAGUUACGUGGAACCGUUACGGCACUCGCCUAUAGUUCACAUCCGCCUAUCACCCGCAAACCGACGGUCAGACAGAACGGACGAAUCGGACCAUGGAACAGUUUAUUCGCACGAACUUCCCGGAUAUCAGCAAAUUGGAAGAUUUGCUACCCAUGCUCGAGUUUUCCUACAACAACGCACCCUCUGCCACGACCAAUCACUUGCCAUUUUUCCUGAAUCACGGGAUGGAUCCGACAG